CGUAGGUUUUACAAACUAGUGACUACCAGAUUGCUAUAGCAAGGUGGGGCUCCGUCAUGCUGUCUGCAUUCACUACUUGACUUUCUUCUGUACUGUUAAUUCAGUACCCUAAUCAGUUAUCUUGGUGUUUAUGGCUUCCCAGCCCAAAAUAAUUAAGUUUAUCGGUGUUGCGAACCACUAGACCUGAUGAUCGGUUCAUUUUGGAAUCUCUGUAGAGCUUGUCCAUCGAUGCCCGUAGAUAAGCUGCAUUCGGAAUAUCGGAGUACAUACCGAUGGCAUGAAUAUACGGGCCCUCGUCAAGAAGUUGUAAGGCGCCCUCCACAAUCAAGUACUGCUGCGCCGCCGGUCACUGGUGAAAGAAACAACAUUCAAAAUACUACAUUGGUUCACGAAGAAGAAGUACAAAACGAAUGUAAGUCAUUAAAAAAAGUGACUCAAAACGGACGUGUUGUUAGUUAUAUCAUGUCUCCAGUGCCUAAAUUGGAACCAGCACUUCCUAGGCGAAAAAAACAUCCUGAGCUUGCAUAUCGUCAUCAUGAAUUUUUGGCCUCGAGUAGAGAUAAUUCGCUUGACGUCAGUGAAUCUGCGAACAACGAUAGAGCAAGGUUGCAAAAGUCCGAGGAGAGAGGCGGCUCGCAUUGGAGACCGUCCCGACGCAGCAAAUCCGAAGGGCCGGCGCGUAGCAACGCCAUUGUUAAGGAUGAGGACGAACGACGGCGGGAAUCCGAUCCAGACCUUGAAAACACGGGACGUGAAACCGGUCUUCUAAGAAAGGCAAUUUCAAAAUUAAGCACCGAGUAUAGGCUACAAUUUGCUUGGCCCCAUGGCCACAUUUCACGGAGAGAUAAAGUAGAUUCCACCCCCAGAAAAUCUCUUUCUAUGGGUGCCAUUAAACCCACUGCAAACGCAAUGGUCCAUAGAAAACGAAUAGACCUUGAAAAUAAAGAUGCUAGUGAGUUGGAACCGCUGGUCAACGAUAACCCGGUGCACGAAGAUUCAAAGGAAGACAAGGUGCAGAUAAGUAAAGAAUUCAAGACGGAGUAUAAAAAACAAUUCCGUCCCUUUUCUCAGUAUGAAUAUUCCGAAGGGCGCUUCACCGAUCGAGGAAAUGAAAACAAAAUCUUAAUUGAAAAUUCAAACCCAAACAUUAUUCCCAUUAAUGCAACAGAAUCGUGGUAUCGCGAGGUAGUGGAAUUACGCAAGAAGGCUGGACAAUAUAAACACCGAGGAUGGGGUACUGAAUUAGCACCAGAAAGACUUUCAGAACUUUAUAACAAACAAACUGAAUUGUGGGAUCAAGUUUCACAACGAAGUUCUUUAUCUGCUUUGUCCCUAGCGUCAACAACCCAUAGAUCAUAUACAAAGGAAGAAAAAGAGCAGGAAAACAAUAAGCGUAGUUCCCCUACAAAACCUUUAAAAAAUCCCGACAACUCAAUAAGAGGUGUAAAGGAUAUGAUUAGGCACCAUUUGGAAAGGACAACAGGCGGUUCAGAAUUGGAUGGUCUAAUUUUGUCUCCGACACGAGAAAAAUUAGAACCGACGAUUCCCAGGAAAGAUGAAGAUUAUAGAGGUUCUCAAAAAGGCAGUCCGCAGAAGUACAGUCCUCAAAAAGGAUCGCCUCAAAAGUCUGCCAUUCAAAAGAGAAAUUCACAGAAAGUAAAAAAUGCCUUAAAAGCGGUGAGGUCUCAGUCUGUCGGUCCAACUGAUACAAUAACCGAGAAGCGAUCGCCGAAACGACAGUCUCGUUCUGCUACAGUGAAAGAAAAACGUUCUUCAUCUAAUAGUACAUCAGCAACACGUAGACCAAGGCCUUCAUCCUUGAAUACUACUGCCUCAUUCAGAUCUAAAUGUAGUACCAUUUCCCUUAAAAUCGAAGACGACCGAUUGGCGAAAACAAAGUCUAACAAAAGUAAUUACGCAAAUAGUAAGCAAAUUCUCGACACAAAAGAACUUCAGAAAGGAGGUCGAAGAGCAGCCGAACAACCAACUGCCGUUGACAAAAGUGAAUCUAUAGAAGCUCCGAUUGUUACUGAACCGGAUGCCGUAGACUUGGAGCCCGUGGUCAAAUCGCCUCCGGAACCAACGCGAGUCAAAUCACCUGAACAAAUUUUGAUGCGAUCUCCGGAUCCCGUGAAUUGGACGGUGCCACUUGAUACCGGAAAAACGUUUACUGUAACGCAAAAUAUACGAGAAGGUGACAUCGGUACGCGGCCACAUAGUGAAAUAAAAGCCUGGACGCCACCAGAAGUGCCACCCCCAGCCGCGCAGUCAGCACCUCCACAAUUUUCGGAGCAAACAAAGGAACAAGCUAGAAAACCAUCAAAUAACAGCAGCAAUACAGCCACAAAUACACAAGAGCUUUCAACUGCUUCUUCCUCAGAAAUCAACGUGAUAGGUGACGUAGAUUCUGCAACGGCAAGCGGUAUAAGUUCCGUAGCGGGUACCACGGCGCGUUGCCUAGACGAUCCGCUAAUGGAGGCUUCCACUGCCGUUUCAACUGUUCCUCAAGUACAUCAACAAAAUCCAUCACCCUAUCGAGUAUUAGAAGCACCUAUUUUAAUAUCACCCACGAACGAGCGAUCGUUCGCCUCUGACAUUUUGGAAAAGGCGCGCCAUCGUUUUGAUCGUUUUUGGGGAAAAAGUUCGCAAUACGAAUCGUCGUAAUUCCUAAGUAGACUAGAAUAAGUAAAUUCAAUUUAGAAGAGAAAAGUUACGAUGGGGAAUACAGGGUCAGAACCCUCGAGUUGCUGGAGGCAUAGUUUGUUAGCUUUGGCGGCUCAUUUUUGUAAGACAUUGGUCCGUGUUGUUCUUAAAUUUUUAGAAAUAGCAGCAAAAUAUGGUUAACUUGUAUCCAAGCCAUUUUUCAAACAUCAUUGUAAACGUAUACCCAGCCUUAUGUACUAACUGCUUAUGUUCCAUGCCAUCCAUCUACAAGUAAGCUACAUAUGCAUCAGUCCGUCUCAACGCCACCUCAGCAGGGCAUUUUUCGAACCCGUUAAGCAUAUCUGGCCAAUAGCUGCUGAAACGACGUUUAUUCAGAUGAUCUUCGUAUGUUUUAACUGAUAAAGGUUGAUAUAUUUUGUGUAGAUGUGUUUGCUUGCAAACCUAUUCGUUUAUUUAACAUCGAACGCACCUUAUAUUGUCAUUAUUAUACAGUAUUACAAUAUUAUGCAAAUGCAGAUUAUGUUAUCUAAUGAUAAAGAUGUUUUUAAGGGAAACAUAAACCUAUAGCGAUCAGACUGAAGUAAUUAAUAAAAUAAAUCCAUCUAUAUGUCCUUGUGUUUAUUAGACUAAGUACCUUUUGUACUAUAUAUCAAUUCGCGCCAUUAUUAUGUUCAGCUGACUUAAUGUUUGAUUACACUUUACAAUAUUAAUGUUGAAUACACAAA